CGGAUGACGUCCCCUUUCCUGCCUGUUCCCGUGGCGGAGGCUGUGUUUGUCUUCGGGAGGACGUCGACAAAAUGCCAACAAAAGUUUUUACCAACAACGAUAACGUUAUAGAGAUGAACAACGUGGACGAGACAUCUGAAAUCAUUAAAGAAACCAAAGCAAGUAUAAAUAGAAAGAAAAAUAAGACCAAGAAAAACACAAUGGCAGCAACAGAGGAGAUUGAGGAGUGUCAGCCACCAGCUCCUAAAAAGAUAAAGAAAGAAAAGAGAGACACAGCCAACGGGACAGUGCAGAAGUCUCUUGAUGUUAAUGACAAUCUAAAAGAACCACUUAAAGUGAAAACCAUUCAUUCCAUUGAUGAGCUUAUGGACUCAGCCAGUGACCAGUCCACUGAGAAGAAGAAGAAGAAAACAAAGGCAGUGAAUGCGGAAGACACAGUGUUCUGUGGAGCACCAACCGUCAACAGUAUUAUUAGUAAAUCUUUGAAGCUUCAAGCAAAGCUCAGUGGACAUUCAACAGAUGUGACACCUGCACAGUCCAGUGAUGACUCCAGCAGUGAUGGUGAAAAGGAAACGGAGACCCCGGAGCAAAAAGAGGGAGCCUUCUCAAAUUUCAGAAUCUCACAGGACACCAUCAAGCUACUUCAAGCGCGAGGGGUUACGUAUCUGUUUGACAUCCAAGUGAAGACAUUUGACUCUGUGUACGAUGGGAAGGAUGUGAUUGGUCAGGCCCGGACUGGCACAGGGAAGACCUUCUCCUUCGCCAUCCCCCUAGUGGAGAAGUUGCAGUCAAGUUCUGUGGACAGAAACAGAGGCAGGGCCCCGAAGGUCCUGGUUCUUGCUCCUACACGAGAGCUGGCGAUUCAGGUGACCAAAGACUUCAAGGACAUCACCAAGAAGCUCUCUGUUGUCUGUUUCUAUGGAGGGAGCUCCUACAACCCGCAAGUGGAUGCAAUUCGCAAUGGCAUCGACGUGUUGGUGGGGACCCCUGGUCGGAUCAAAGACCACCUCCAGAACAACAAGCUGGAUUUGAGCCAGCUGAAACACGUGGUCCUGGAUGAAGUGGAUCAAAUGCUUGACAUGGGCUUUGCCGAGCAGGUGGAGGAGAUCCUGUCUGCUUCCUACACCAAAGAUACAGAGAGCAACCCCCAGACCCUGCUCUUCUCUGCUACGUGCCCUGCAUGGGUGUAUGAUGUGGCUAAGAAAUACAUGCGUUCACAAUACAUCCAUGUGGACCUUAUAGGCAAGAGGACUCAGAAAGCAGCCACCACAGUCGAGCACCUGGCCAUAGCGUGUCACUGGUCUCAGCGGGCAGCUGUGAUCGGCGACGUCAUUCAAGUAUACAGUGGAAGCCAUGGCCGCACCAUCGUCUUCUGCGAGACCAAGAAGGAAACCAACGAACUCUCCAUGAACACUUCCAUCAAACAGAGUGCCCAGUGUUUGCAUGGAGAUAUCCCUCAGAAGCAGAGAGAACUCACGCUGAAGGGCUUCAGGAAUGGGAACUUCGAAGUCUUGAUUGCCACCAACGUGGCAGCUCGAGGCCUGGACAUUCCAGAAGUUGAUUUGGUCAUGCAAUGCUCCCCUCCCAAGGAUGUGGAGUCAUAUAUUCACCGCUCAGGGCGAACUGGCCGAGCUGGAAGGACUGGCAUCUGCAUUUGUUUCUACCAACGAAAAGAGGAAGACCAGCUUCGAUAUGUGGAGCAGAAAUCUGGCAUUACCUUUAAACGCGUGGGCGUCCCGACUGCCAAUGACAUCGUGAAGUCCUCCAGCAAAGAUGCAGUCAGGUACCUGGAUUCGGUGCCGGCAGCCGCCUUGGAGUACUUCCGCUCAGCGGCGGUGAGGCUGAUUGAGGAGCGUGGUGCUGUGGAGGCUCUGGCUGCUGCACUUGCCCACAUCUCAGGAGCCACCAGCCUGGAGCAGAGGUCCCUUCUGAACUCCGAUGCUGGUUUUACCACUUUAGUGCUGACCUGUUCUCAAGAGAUGCAUAACAUCGGCUAUGCCUGGCGAGGGUUGAAGGAGCAUCUUGGAGAGGAGAUUGACUGCCAUAUCAAAGGAAUGACAUUUCUAAAGGGCAAAAAAGGGGUGUGUUUUGAUGUCCCAGCUGAAAAAUUGAAAGAAAUCCAGGACAAAUGGCAGGAUGGUCGCCGCUGGCAGCUAACCAUUGCCACUGAACUCCCCGAGCUGGAGGAGAACAUACGGCGUAACCGUGGAGACCGGAUGUCUGGCGGCAGGGGUGGAGGCCGUGGUGGAUCCCGUGGAGGUUUCCGAGGUGGCAGAAAGAACUUCAGCAGUGACUGGCGAGGGGGACGAGGAGGAAGAGGAGGCGGUCAGAAGCGAAGCUUCAGCCAGGCUUUUGACUAUUAACCAUCAGCUUCCCAUACAUUGCUCCGCGAAGCAUGCUGAUUGUAUUGCAAUUGUGUAUUUAAACAGCCUAUUUACACCCAUUAGUGUGAAUGAAUUUCAUUAAAGUGUUUCUUAAGACAAAAGUA